CGUUGCGUUCAAAUUAUUUGGCGGUUGCUUAGCUACAGUUUGGCUACAGUUUUAUGAGAAGUUUAUGAUAAAAUGGACCAAAACUGCCUUUUGUACGAAUUUAUUAUUAUAAUAGGACAAAAGUCAUAUGAAAUGGGGCCAAUUCAAUAAUAAGAUUUUAUAGUUUCUAUUUCUAAUGCCUAUUACAUACAAUCGUGGAAAUGUAAGAAAAAUAGCUUUUCGGGCUAGAGGAAGAUCAGCACAAUCUUUAGAUGUCAGUGGCCCACGAGUAGACACAGGAGCAGGAGGCGAUGGACGUGUAUUCUUACAUAUACGGCCUGCUUUGGCUGAUUCUCGGUCUACAUUGCAACGCUCUAACACUACACUCACGGGAAAUAAUUACAUGUGUAAAGAAGAUAUCAAAGAUGAUUCUGUUAAUUUGCAAGCUGUGGGCGAGGGUAAAGUACAGUUAUCUCGAACCCCGCAAGAAAAAGACCGUUUACCCGACAGGAUAAGUUUAGACAGACGUGGUCUCUCAUCGAUACCACAUAUAGUCGGCGAGCCAGGUCUACGUCUCUUAUCACUACAACACAAUUUAAUUAAUACCUUAUCAGGACUUUCUCCUCUGGAUUUAAGUAAGCUUGUUUUCCUGGACGUAUAUGAUAACCAGAUUGAUAAAAUUACGUCGCUUGAGAAAUUGUUUAGCUUGAGAGUUCUACUAUUGGGCAAAAACAGAAUAAAAAGAAUAGAGGGUCUAUCGAAUUUACUGAAACUAGAAGUGCUGGAUUUACAUGGCAAUAGGAUAACAAAAGUCGGAUGCUUGUCCAAUCAGACCGAGCUCAAGGUCCUCAACUUAGCAGGAAAUCAAAUAAAAUGCAUAGGACCGAUGGAUCUACAGGGAUUAGUCUCUUUGCGUGAAUUAAAUCUGAAGCGAAAUCGCUUAAGAAAGUUACUUGGCUUUCAGAAUACAAUGAAGUUACAAAAGCUAUACCUCGGAAAUAAUGAUUUACAAAGUAUUGAGGAUGUUUCAACAUUAGCUGAAGCUACGUCACUUAUCGAAGUUUCUUUGGAUGGUAAUCCGGUAGCUUUGGGUGGCGAUUGCACUCCUUUUCUAGUAUCUUAUCUGCCAAAUCUUAUUACAUUGACAAACAUGCACGUCAGUGAUCAGGUUCGUCGUGCUGCUAUGGCUUGGCGCAAUAAUAAGGAAGCUGCUCAUGCUGCAUAUUGUGCAUUAAGUGGUUCAGCUCAACAAGCUGCCCGACGUGAUCAAAUAAUUAAUAAUGCUCGAACUAAUUGGGAACUACUCAGAUCAGAAAACAAAUGUUUUAUAACGACGGCCACAAGUCCAGUUAAACAAGAUGAUAUCGACAAAGAGUUGGAAAUGGAGUCUGUUGCUGAAACACAUUGUGAUGAAACUCAAACAGUAGAAACAAAUGUUAUUCCUGAUUUAAUAGCGUCUACACAGAAAGCUGAUAAUGGAAAAUCAGAUUGCAAUAUAAACAACAUUGAUACUAGUACGCAAGGUUUUUCUAACAUUUCCACUCCUAAGCCUGUAACGCAAAAGUUGCAGCGAAGCUCAACUGCUCGAAAGCCUUCUGAUAGACGUGUCAACUUUUCUGAAAGAAGCGCUUCUCAAGAUACGGACGCUUCUCAUUCUACUUCUACAAGUAGUGAUCUUAGAUUACCACCAAUUUUACUGCCAAUUAUAUCGUCACUGGAAAAUGUUAAAUUAAAUGACAGUACAGAACCUGUAUUAAAAAGAUGGGAAAGUAUUUCCAGUGUUGAACCAAUAGGUGAUUCAUCAAUAAGUUCCAUGCCUUCUUCGUCUAGUGAUAGUGACGAUGAUACUAAUAUAAAAAGACAACUUCGAAGAGUGCCUACUGUAAGACGACGUGAAAACUUUAGUUCAAUGCGAUCUAAAUCUGUUUGCGACCCAGAAAGUCGGCGGGUGAAAGCAGGUGCUAGGAUAUCCGAUAACUGUGAAAAUACUAGUAAUAUUUCAUGCACUACAAAUGUUGGAUCCAUUGCCACAUCUUCGACAUCAGGAAGUGAUAAUAAUAGUAAAUGUUUGAAAAGACAAGGUUCUUUAAAUAGCAGAUCAAACACAAGAAAUAUUCGCAGCGCGACUAUAACGAGAAGAAACGAGAGAGCGUCAUCAGCUCACCGUGCUUCAACUGCUAGAGCGAAGUCUACUAAAAAUUUAGCAAGUCUAAAAUCGUCAGAGCCUGUUCCCAAACCCCUACCUCAAUGUAAAGACAGGGAACAAGGCGUUGAUUAUCUUGUAGAGGUUUGUGAUGGCCUCGUUAGCGCUUGGGGUGCCGGGGCAGUGCGGCGUCUAGCUCGUGAUUGGGAUUGGGAAAGAGCACGUUCUGUAACUCGUGCAGCCUUUCAUUAUGUACAUUUUCACGCUGUUGCUCAGGCUCUACCGGAACUUAAAGCCAAAUUUCCUAAUGUGACGCAUAUAUCCGUUCGCGCUACUGGAUUACAACAUUUGGGUCAAUUGCAUGCCUUGGCUGAACUGCGAGGAAUAACUGGUUUAAAUAUAAUGCCUGAAGGAAAUCCUAUUUGUGUCAAAAUUUGGCGAGAAUAUACAAUAUAUAGACUUGCCCAUUGGGGUCUUAAAGAAAUUAACGAUGAACCGAUUACAGAUGAGGAAAUGAAACUAGCUAAUAGAACAUAUAGUGGCUUAAGUGAUAUGGUUUUACGUGCACUGCCUGACGCUCCGUUACAACCUUUAUUAUCAAGAUUAGGCAAAACUGGAAACAGCGGUUCUAGUGCUAAGGCGUGGUUAAGAGCUGCCGAUCCAGCACUACGAGAUGUUAUAGCUAAAGAAGCGCUACAAUAUAAGAAAGGACAUGUUUCGCAGGAGGACAUGAGUUGGAGAGUUCGUGGCCGAGGUCAACUAUCGCAUGCGAUUGAUUUGGCGUGUGGAGCGGCUAUACGACUGCGCACACUUGAACUUCUGUGGCCCACAAUAUUUGUAGAAAUGAUUGAGGAAGUCUUACGAGAUUUUGCCAAUAUGGAAAAUCACGUUAAAGAACAAAUGCGCAUGCUUAUGGACUCUUUGUGACACAUUUCGCAAAUGUUUCUUAUGAAAUUUAUAAAGCUAAAUUGACAUAGUUACAGUAGGUAUCUACUUGUUACGAAAAACACAGACCCGUAUUGGUCUGAGAAAUUUUUCACUUUUUUAAAAUUAAAGAGGACAUAAUUUACGUAGUAAACCAACAACACUAAUCCAUUACGAUUUACGAACUGCACGGUAUUUAAUAGGUAGGUAUAUUAGAAGAAUCCCUUUUUGGACAGUUAAUUCAUGAGUUCUAAGACUCACACUGAUGGCAAUAGACGAGUUUUAAUGUUAGAAAUAACUAGAUACAAAAUAAAAAUAUUUUCCAAGAUCAGUUGGUAUUUGGUAAUGUUGUUGCAAUAAUUAAAAAUUAAUCAUAAUCUUUAAAAUUGUAAUUUUAGUACAACUUGGAAUGAACACAUAUCUUUAUUAAUAACAUAUGAGUAUAUAUUUUUCAACUUUAUAACCAUUAUUUUGUUAAGAAUUCAUAUAGAAAGUGCUUAUCGAUAUUAGAUAUAGCUAGCCCAUAUUUUCAGAACUGAUACAUUACUUCACAUAGUUGCUCAAUAUUAAUAAGACAAAGAACUAGACUUAGAGCUAGAAUAAAUAGCCAAUUAAAAUACAUAUGUGUAAUAAUAUUUUGUUUAAAAAUUCACCAAUUUGCUAUUAAAUACGUACCUACUAAUUAAUGACAGUGUAAUUAAGUAGUUACAUUGUGUUAUGUAGAAAUAAAACAUUUUUGUUAAAAAAAA